AUUGUUGCCUGUCAGACGUUUUGCACGGAUUUUGAUUUAGGAGUGGUAUUUUCUUAAAAAUCUUUUUAUUGUGUGUUAGACGGAAAUGAUUAUUGGUUAACUUUCAGUAGCAUUAAUUUUACCUUAUAUUUGUUGUAAGGAUGGUUAUCACAACAUUUAUGUACUUUAAUUUCAUCAUGACAUAACUGAUCAAAAUAAUAUUUAAAAGUUACAAAAUCUUAAAUUCUUUACAAUGGUUUUCGAGUCGAUAGUUGUAGAUGUAUUAAAUAGAUUCUUAGGAGACUAUGUUGAAAAUUUGAACAGGUCUCAGUUAAAACUAGGAAUUUGGGGCGGGGAUGUUGUUCUCGAGAACUUGAUACUUAAACAAAAUGCCCUAGAAGAGCUUAAUAUUCCUGUACAAACAGUUUAUGGACAUCUGGGUAAACUUGUACUGAAGAUACCAUGGAAAAAUCUCUAUGGAGCAUCAGUAGAAGCAACUAUAGAGAGAUUAUUCCUCAUUGUAAAUCCCUCCGCUGAAGUUAAAUAUGACCCUGAAAAGGAAGAAAAGAUGGCACUGGCUGCCAAGCAGGCUGAAUUGGCAAGAGUUGAAGAAGCUAAGAAAAAGGAGGCACAGAAAGAUGCAAAUAAACUGGAUGAGACAUUUGUGGAAAAAUUGGUGACACAGAUUAUCAAAAAUGUUCAGCUUAAAAUCUCUGACAUUCAUGUCAGAUAUGAGGACAGUAUCACUAACAGCAAGGAACCCUUCUCAUUUGGAUUCACACUCCACAAUCUAUCUGUCCACACAACUGACGAGAAUUGGAAGAAAACGGUUAUACAAGAGGCCGUAACAAAAAUAUUCAAGAUUUUAAACUUGGAAGGACUAGCUGUGUAUUGGAAUCCGGGUACUGAGUUGUAUUCGAAGUCAAAUGUAAAUGAAAUUAAGUCGAGACUAGAAAAAGAAAUAGCAACCAAGUCAUCCCAACCUUCAUUUUACAAAUACGCACUGGGUCCAAUUAACGCAACGGCAAAAUUAAAAUUAAAUCCUAAGCCGGAGGGUGAUACUCCUAAGUUUAGUAUACCAAAGGUUAUACUAAGUUUGCAUAUGGAGCAGCUCUCAGUGAGCCUUACGAAAGCUCAAUAUCAGGAUAUGAUGCUUUUGGCUGAUUCUAUGGACAGGAUGAGUAAAGGGGCACCAUAUAGGAAAUAUCGUCCAGAUCUUAACAAAUACAGAGGCCACUACAAGGAAUGGUGGCAUUUUGCAUACAAGUGUCUGUUAGAAGAGGAAGUGAGGAGGAGACAUAGGAACUGGGAUUGGAAGCACAUGUUGUCUCACAGACAGCUCUGUAAGGACUAUGCUAAAGCAUAUCAGAAUAAGCUAAGCUGUAAAGGAAAAGUAGCCAGUGAACACCAAUGUGUUCUUGAUGAGGCUGAGAAGACACUUGACCUAUUCAACUUGGUGGUUAUCAGGCAAAGGAUUGAAAUGGAGGUGGAAAGAUUAGGGAAAUUGGAAGAGGAGGCGAAGAAGUCUCGCGGCUGGUUCAGCGGCUGGUGGGGGGGCGGCGGCUCGAAGGAUGAAGAACUGUCUGAAGGGAUGGCUAUAAUGAAGCAAUUCGAGAAAGCGAUGACGUCAGAGGAAAAGGAAAAGCUGUUCAGAGCUAUCGACUAUCAGGAGAAUACAGCGCCAUUGCACCUACCCACGGAGUACGUGGCGGUUGAGAGUCACUUCAGGUUGGACCAACUGCAGGUCUCCGUCAACGACUCCACGGAAGUAUUACGAGCUUGUGUUGAAACUGUCGAAGUUGAUAUGAGACAACGACCCAGCGCUAAUGCUCUGAGGGUUGAUGUCCAAAUGCGUGCGUUCACCGUCACUGGCAAGCUCCAAGGUGACUACGAACCACAAUUGGUCACAUCCAAAGAAGUCACCAAAGACGUGAACCUUUUGAAUGUUACAUUCGAGACUAAUCCAUUAGACGGCGCGUGUGACCAGAGAGUCAAAGUGCAAGCUCAACCGCUUCAGAUAGUGUACGACGCGCAAACAGUUAUUGAAAUUGUCAACGUUUUCAAACCGCCCACAGAAUCCACAGCUCUGACAACACUCCAAGCCGCCGCUGAGAAUAAAUUAUCGGAUCUUAAGGAGAAGUCUGCUCUGGGUAUGCAGUAUGCAGUUCACAAUCACACUUUUAUCGACAUCGACAUAGAUAUUGCCGCCUCGUUCAUAAUCAUACCACAGACAGGAAUAUACAGAGGAAAGGAGUCGUGUGCUGUAGUGAAGCUGGGUGCUAUAGGUGUUAAAUCUGAGCCUCGCACGGCCGCCCUGGACGUUCAGAGCCUACACCGCCAGGGCAUGCAAGACAGGGACAUACUGACAGAGAUAGCGAGACAUAGCUACGACAAAAUGACGCUCAGUCUGACACAGAUGCAGAUAGUGGUGGUGACAGUCGGCGAGGAUUGGCACGCAGCUAUCGGCUCCGACGAAGCUACACCCUUACACCUGCUGCAGCCGACUAACUUGGUCAUACAAAUACACAAGUGUCUCAUAACAAACGACCCGAGGCUGCCGAAGAUUAAAGUCAUGGGAGAACUUCAGAAGAUUGCGAUCAGCGUGUCCGAAGACAGGUUGCUUACGCUGUGCGAAAUUUUAGUCAGCAUGCCUCUCCCGCAGUCAGAAGAAACGACCCAAUUGAAGGCUAGUGAUUCCAAAGCGUCAAGUCUGUCUCUGCUGAAGUAUUUGGAUCCAGCCGAGAAGCAGAAGAGAGACAGCGCUCGCUCUAAACAGAGGAAACAUGAAGAACAAUCAGUCCAGCUUACAGAACUAGAGGCAUUCUUUAUUAUGAAGGAACUGAUAGUAAGCGUCAACAGGAAGACCAGAAACGCUAAUCAGGAAUACGAAAAGUUCCUCGUAUUUUCACUAAAUCUUCUAGAACUAACGGCAACUCAGAAGACGUUCACGUUAGUAGCCAACGUUAGGCUCGGAUCAGUUAACAUGCAACAUCAUAGAGUGGGACAGAAGAUUAUAAACAUGAUACAAACAUCUGACACUGAGAAUAAUAUAGAAUUAAAAGACGACGAGAAGAUUGUAGCGAAUGUGGCAAAUCAAUAUUUGUUUAACGUUACAUACACUAAUGUAGAUAAAAAAUGUCCCGAAUUCAGAUCACAUUAUGGUUCUGUGGAACAAAUGAUAGAAUUGGAUUUCACCACGCUCACUGUUUUGCUUCAUCUGCAAGGACUACAGGAGAUUUUAGUGAUCGUGAACGAAUAUCAGACAAGAUUACAAACAAUCCAAAGUUCAGUUGAUAGAUACGCUAAUGCAGGGCCUCUGGAAACAAUUGCGGAAGAUGAGGAAUUAUCUAUAGCCAAGUCUAGAGUAAGCGUAACCAAACCAUCAAAACGCAAGCAAGUAGAGAGCAUACAAUUGAAAGUGAACGUUAAAAUCGGGGCUGUAGAGAUUAGUUUCGCAACUGACAUUCGUCCUUUGUCCACUGUUAAGUUACAAGGCGCAGCUGCGGGACUCAUAUUGAAGAGUUCGUAUACACAAGUGGAUUGUGCGAUCGCUUCCAUUAAAGUGGAAGAUUUGAAUCCAAUGACCCUUCACAAAGAGAUCUUGAAAGUUUUGGGCGGCGAUGUCAUGAAUGUUCAAAUAGUCAUUUAUAACAUCGAUCAAUUUUCAAACGUGAGUGACGUCAAUAUGUCCAUAGACGCGCAAAUCAAUUGUCUUCGUAUAGUAUUCCUUAAUUGGUUCGUCACUUCGAUGCUGGAAUUUCUGAACAACUUCCAAGCGGCGCAGGAGGCCAUUAUCGAGGCGUCGUCCCAGGCCGCUGAAUCCGCCCGGGCUAAUGUAGCCACGGCCUAUCAGAAUUCUACGAAACUUUCGCUACGAGUUCGUCUCGCGGCUCCGUUGUUGGUAUUGCCUGAAAACUCGACCAGCCCCAGAGCCUUACUAUUGGAUCUCGGACGGAUGUCCUUGAACAACAAAUUCGUUGACCUUCAGGUCGAGGACGUAAGUAACAAAGUGAUCGUUGAUGAGCUCACCCUCGAACUGGAAGAUAUGAAGGUGUCGUGUGUUGUUCUCAAAGAUGACAACUACCAAGAGAUCGUACAGGAAAGGAAAUUAUUAAGACCAACCAGUUUUAAAUUGUUCGUCAAACGAAGUCUCUCCUCUUGGUACGAAACCCUGCCAGAUCUGGACGUAUCGGGAAGGAUGAAGACGAUAGCUAUCACCGUCGGCCACAGUGACUACAAAAGUAUUAUGAAUAUUUUAAACCAAAACUUGCAAGAGGGUCAGAAGGCUGAGGAACUCAAAGUUUCGUCGAAUGUAUCUAAGGUGCCUUCCAAGGCUACAGUGAAGAGUCAAACGAGCAAAUUACAAACGAAGUCGACAGUGCAAGUUCUGACACCCAAAGAAACUAAAAUGCCACGAACUACUAUCAAAUUUUCAUUCACUAUGGACAGUUUUGUCAUUGAUCUUAUGAACACAGUCGAUUCUGCAGAGUCUCUGGGAGACGUGGAAUUGGCUCGAUUCUGCCUGGCGUUGCUAUCUUUGAAAGGACGUAUGUUUUCGGACGGUUCCAUGCACACCUCUGUACUGCUAGUGGACUGUACGCUUGAUGACACUAGGCCUGGAAGAGGAGCUAAGAUCACAAGGUAUUUAGAAAGAAGACGCGACCAUAAGGACGCUAAACAAAACCAAUCGAAUGAAACCAUAGCGAUAAUAAUGGAGACACACGACAAAAUACGCAGCAUGAUCGAUGUGACGUACACCAUGAAGAACGGGGAUACAUUCAUUGAUAUGAGGAUUUUCAGUUUCAAUCUCAUCCUUGCUAUGGACUUCCUCAACAAGAUCGCCGAAUUCAUGACGACCGGCCUCGGUGAUGCCCCGGAUACUAAGGCUUUGCCGGAAGUCAAAGCUAUGAAAUCACAGACCGAAAAGUCCGUGGACAAUAUGGCUAAGAAGAAAAUAUCAGUUGCUUCAGCGCCGUUAGAGUCGGAACCACAGAAACUGACGAUGAUGACUGUGAACAUUAAGAUCGAACAGCCGGAUAUAAUACUGGUGGAGUCACUGGAACAGAAGGAGUGUGAUGCACUGGUCCUGAACAUGGAGGCGCGUUUGAAACUUCGUCGUACAGAGGAGCGUAUGGUCGCCGAGGGCGGUGUGUCGGGGUUGCAGUUGGUGCGACGCCGGCUGGGGGUUCACGCCCCGCCUCGAUCACUUCUAGCUCCUACUAAUCUAUCGCUGGCAUUGUCGCAGCCUCCCGGACAAGGUCUCCACGUGGACGUAGCGCUCACAGACAUUAAGAUCACCGUAUCACCAGACACCAUAGCUUUACUGAACCGUGUGCUAGCGACGGUAACGAGCCGUGAAGAAGAUAAUAUUGUACAAGAAAAUAAUGCCAUAAUUUACGAGAGUCUGUGGGAUAUCAAACAAUUCAGACCAAAUACAUACUGGUUUCUUAAGACAGAGGAGGCCGAAGAAGCUAUUAAUCUAGAAGAAUCAGAGCAAACGGUCGCUAAGGCUCCUGUGGGUGAGAUCUGUCUGCUAUCGAGUCCUUCCAUAGUGGUGGCGCUUGAGAUGGAGAUCGGUAACGAAACGAUACCAGUACUGGUGAUGCAAGCGUCGCUCACGGGACAAGUCAAAGAAUGGAGUUCUGACUUCUAUAUGGACUCUACGUGGGCGAUGCAAGUAUCGUACUACAACAUCGGGCGCGCGGUGUGGGAGCCGCUUGUAGAACCAGUUGAGAUACUCAAGGACUAUCAGUACAAACACGUGCCCUGGGAAUUAAAGAUGGAGGUGGUGAUGCGUCCACAAGAAACUCUCAGUAUCGAAACCUCAGAGGAAGCGAAUCUUCAAGCGCUCGCUACUUACAAGCCCAGCAAGACUGUGACUAUAUCGAGUAGUGAGACGUUAGAGAUAACCGUCUCCAGAAGUGGUAUGGAGGUCCUUACACAACUGGGCAACUCAUUCUCGGCCGCUGUAGGUGAUGCAGACACAUCGACUGCGGCGAAGUCGAAAUCAGAUGACAAUAUUUCUCGCAAGAAGUUCUUAGGCGCACCCUAUGUACUACACAAUUGUACGGGACUCACAGCCAAACUGACCCUACAAGAUAAUGCUGACUUUUCCGUGUUUUUGACCGAGGAGUAUACAGUAUCAGAUUAUAGGGAAGUCGUUCUGGAACCUGGAGCCUGCUUGCCGUUGCAAUUAAAACAUGGCGGUAUUAAUGUUAUGAAACUAAACGAACCUCCGCCGCCGUUGAAGCUAAACGUUAAGAUAGUAGAAAUGGAAGAAGAAAUCCAAAUACCAGUUGAACGUGCGGACAAAAGAUAUUUCUCUAUAGGGAAGAAACGCACUGGGGACAUGAAUGCCAAGAACGUGCCGCACGCCGCUGCCGUGGAACCUCGCGGGCUCAUCUCGGACGUCGUAAUGCAUGACGCCGCGCUUCAUAUUUACCUUCGGAGUAUAGUACAGGUCACUAAUACUCUGUCAGUGAAUGUGUCUGUGUACUACAUGACACUAAGCGGCAACGAGGUCCGUCUGUUGGGCGAGGUGGCUCCUGGUGACACUCUUCGUCUUCCGCUACAGGCUGUUCACACACCCACCGCGGAGAUAUUUUUCUCAGUCGAAGGUUUUACCGUAUCUGUGUCUCCGUUCGUGUGGCGCGAACUGCAACAAGAAAUGAAGCUUUCCAAAUUGCUACAGUGUGACUCCAAGGACAAGAACAGCGGAGAGAAGUUUUAUUUGAGAGCUGUGGGUACAAUGGAGCAAGUAUUCUUCGAGCAUACUAACCGUCAUACGUUCGCGUCUUCGUGCUACGACAUCGUCCUAAAGCCGGCCGUGAAGCUUCAGAACUGUCUGCCGGUGCCCGUGGUCGUGUCGCAGCUAGGACUCCGGAGAACACAAGUGUUCCAGCCGGGAGAAAUGUUCCAUCUAUCACAUCUCGCACCAAACAAGGCCUCCGUUGUUAUUAUGAUACAAAACUACUUGGAUAAAUGCUGGGUGUGUACCAAGAAUCUACCGGAUGUAGACACAGAGUUGUCUGUGUGGUCGUUCGAGUCACACGACAGUCCGUCCGUCAUGACGUUAGAGUUAGGUGUUCACAGCGCGGACCUCGAGGGGACUCAGGUGCUCUCACUGUACUGCCCCUUCUGGAUGCUCAACAAGACCGGCUUCACGCUGUGCUAUAGGAAAUCAAAGAAACCCGAAAAAGACUCCAGCACCCCCAAUAAGAAUGUCGAUGAAACAGGCAACGUUAUAUUCCACCCGAAGGACUACAAAGAACCGAUACUUUUUUCAUUUCGAGCCAAGAAUUUCUUUGGUAAGAAGAAAGCGGCCAUUCGCGUUGAAUUCGGAGAAUGGUCUGAGAAAUUUUCUCUGGACGUUCCUGGUAGCUCUGGAGUGGUUAUUUGUAAGAAUGAAGGAAGAACUUAUCAGGUGGCAGUGACUAACCAAUUGACAUUCAACAGUCUGACAAAGAUGGUUAUAUUCACACCGUUCUUCCUAAUUCUCAAUGAAUGUCCGUUCUCAAUACAAUACCAGGAGCUACAUCGGGCUGGAGACCCCUGGAAGCAGGUUGAUAAAAACACCAGCGCCCCUCUGUGGCCGGUCAUUGAGAAGGAGGACAAGUUGUUGUUAUUGAGAGUGUCGGGAUCAAUGGAAAACGCCGCGCCGUUCCUGUACACUGAGCAACACAGCGUGUGUCUCAAACUUAAUAAUGAGUACGGCGGCCUACAUGUAGAGGUGCAGCUGAGUGAGGGCGGCACUUAUAUAACGGUGAGGCAGUACCGUGACGGACACGCGCCGGCUCUACUCGUCAAUUACUCAAAGCAUUCCGUGACACUCUACGAGAAGGAGAACGUUAACACGAGAAAACUACCCUCAAUGAAUGAAAUGUUAUACACCUGGGAUAACCCGGCCGGACCUCGUAUACUUAUAUUCGAGGGUCACAAGAGAAGAGAAAUUGAGAAUGAUCUGAGAAGGGAUGGUAUCGGUGAAUUUAUGAUAAACGAAACGCAGCGUAUUUGGUGGGUGUCGUUCCUGGAUGGUCUUCAACGUGUGGUCCUAUUCACUGAGGAUAUUGAACUGGCGAAGGGCGCACACACUAUCGGAGAGGCGGAGGCUGUUCAUACAGAGAUCAUACUGGCUAUGCACGGAUUGGGAUUGUCUCUGGUCAAUGAUCACGAGCUCACAGAGAUUCUAUAUGUCAGCAUAUCAAAUUCUGGGAUAAUAUGGGAACAGUGUAAACUUGGUUCGCGACGUUACAAGAAGAUCGAGGGACCAAAAGCCAUACAGAUGGAAGAAGCUUACCAAAAAUAUUUAGCACAGAAGAUGGUUAGCGAGGAGGCGUCGCCGCUGGUCAAAAUAGACGAAAAGACUGAGGUGAACUUCAUCGAGAUGCGCAUGAUCCAGCCGUCCGCCCGUCUGCUCCGCCGCCUCCAGGAGCCGGGCAUGUGGGCGAGCUGCGGCCUGAGCGCUCACUCCCGCCGGCUGCGCGCUCGUCUGCACCGCCUACAGAUCGACCAACAGCUCCCCUUACCGACCUUCCCCGUAGUGUUGGCUCCCGUGCCGCCGCCGCGAUCUGUCGCCAACGAUGAAGACGCCGGCACGAAACCGUUCGUGGAGAUUUGCAUCGUCGAACGCAUAAUGGAACACAGCAACGUGCGGCAGUACAAAUAUUACAAGAUGCUCAUACAGGAGUUCCACGUUAAGGUCGACAUGGGACUCAUCAAUGCUCUCAUGGGAAUGUUCCCGCAGAGACUGCUGACGGAACAGGAGGCGCUGGAUUCGUUCCAAUUGGACUUGGAAAAAGCUGGUCAGCCCUUGGAAGCGCUAGCGGCUAUGGGCGCGGCGUCCGAUCUGAAGAAUUUCUAUGACAAUUUACAUUUAUCACCAAUAAAGGUUCACGUGUCCUUCUCGCUGGGUGGUGCGACACAACUACCUACAUUUGUAGGAACUGUCUUACAAAGUAUCGGAGUCACAUUGACGGAUAUGAAUGACGUCGUGUUCAAAUUAUCAUACUACGAAAGAAAUUACGAGUUCUUAUCGCAAAGAGAACUCAUUUCUCAAGUUCAGAGUCACUACACGGGACAGGCUUUAAAACAGUUGUACGUGUUGGUUCUUGGACUGGAUGUGAUCGGAAACCCGUACGGCCUGGUCAUCGGUUUGAAGAAAGGAGUCGAGGAUCUGUUCUAUGAGCCGUUCCAGGGUGCAAUCCAAGGUCCUGGUGAGUUCGCGGAGGGUCUGAUGCUGGGUGUACGCUCGCUAGUGGGACACACAGUGGGUGGGGCAGCCGGGGCGGUGUCACGGAUCACGGGAGCUAUGGGCCACGGACUCGCUGCACUGUCUCUGGACAAGGACUACCAACGGCGACGUAGAGACAACAUCAACAAGCCCCCCGCUAACUUACAAGAAGGUUUGGCGAGAAGUGGGAAAGGAUUGUUCAUGGGUGUGGUGGAUGGCGUCACCGGGCUGGUCACCAAGCCCUACGAGGGUGCUCGCGAUCAGGGCGUGGAGGGUUUCUUUAAGGGGCUGGGCGUGGGCGCCGUGGGACUCGUGGCUAGACCCACAGCUGGGGUUGUCGAUUUCGCUUCCGGCUCGUUCGAUGCUGUUAAGAGAGCGGCGGAUUUAUCAGAGGAGGUGACAAAGCGUCGUGCAGCUCGCUACCUGGUGGCGGAGGCGGGUCUGAGGCCGUAUUCAAGACUACAGGCUGAAGGGUACAAGAUGUUGUCCGAACUGGAAAAGGGUAAAUUCGUUACAACGGAUACAUACGAAGCCCACGUGUGGGUGAUCCCGGCCAAGGAGGUGGUGAUGUGUACCGACAAGAGGCUUAUAUAUCUCGAGAAGAACAACGUGUUCGGAGGCUGGCAGAUCGUAUGGUCCUAUCUAUGGCCAGAAAUCCCAGAACUGCCGUCGUCUGUGGCCAAAGGAGUGUUUAUACCGACCGCCAAGAAGAAAGUCCUCGGAAUGUUCCCCACAUCCGGCACAGGGAAAAUAAUAUUCCUGUACGACGAGCAACAGAAGAAGUAUCUGCUAGCGCAGUGCGAGCGUUUAAUGCGUUCUCGUUGACAUGAGGCUGUAGAAAGAAUCUCACCAUACGAAUGGCUGGCGGAAUUCUUUCUACUUAUAUUCGAUUAUCGCACCGCGUUAUCCGCUUUCGCCUACCACUGCAACUUGCAUCACAUAACUCCUAAAGGCGUACGCUAACCGACGCUGUGCUGUACCGCGUCAUAUAAUGGACUUCCUACUUCUCUUACCUUACUAUUAUGAAACGUAUUUUUUUAUUAUUCAAGGGAUAUUUUUAUUAUAUAUCUUCAUUAUAUCCAUGUUCUAUAUGUGUGAUUGAUUUGUAAGCUUAGCUGUAAGCUUAGCUUCAAUUGCUAUAUAAAUUUUCAAAUUUUUAAAAUGUCGUAUAGUCUAUGGAAGCCUUCUCUUGUACUCAUACAGGCUUCUUGUUAUAUCUUUAUGAUGCAAUAUAAUGUCAGACGCGUUUAAAAGUUAUUAAAACUACAAUUACUUUGUGUAUCAACAAAAGUAUAUCCCUGUCUUUUGUCUAUGGAUCGAAAGAUAUAAAUUAUCUGUACAUGUAUUUGUUUUAAAGCACUUGACAAUUUUUUUUACUCUUAACAUUAUUAAUAUAAAUCUAUUGACUGAGAAUUAUGUUACCAACCUCAAAUGCACAAUGUUGUAACGAACUGAGUUAUUUACUCUUAUUUUUUUAUACAUAUAUUUUUUUCAAUACUGUACACUAUGAAGAGUACAAACAAACACCCAGUUUUUUCCAUGUAUGUAUUAAUUUAUAUUAAAAUAAUUUCUCUAUUACUAUUGUUAUGGACAUGUUGUUUUAUCGCUAAGUUGUACCAGUAACAGUGCCUUAUGGAAAGUGCAUAGAAUCAUUAUAUUUUGGACCUGAUUCGUGGUCAUAGAGGAGUUGUGUACAAUGUGUACAUGUUGUGUACAAAUUCUAUAUUAUGUUAACCAACUUAUACUAUAUUUUUAUAUGUACCAGACGUACUUGAGUUGACGUUCCUGUGUUCCGAAAGUCUCGUAUUGAGCACGUUUAUGUGUUUGUUGAAAGUUAAUUAUAAAAAUUUAUAUUUUAUAGAACGCUAACGCUCUUUAUUUGUUUUGAUGCAGUUGUUUUGUCUUGUUCAAGCUUGUGUAUAUUUUGAUUUGUAUUAAAUAUAAAAAAAAAUCAA